UCGCAGCGUGCUGCUGUGCUGCUGCCUAUAAAUCGCCGACGGCUGCAAAAUCACUCGAAAAUCGACAUGAUGCUAGCUUUCAGCAUGGCCACCGCGGAUUUCCUGCUCCUCGUAGUCAUCGUAGCAGCUGCUUCCUCUUCCUUCACCGGCGUCCAAGCUGCACUAUCUUGAUCUUUCAAACACUAGUUCGCAGCAGCAGUACAUGUACUCCACUGAUCUCUCGUGGUUGACACACCUACCUUUGUUGCAGUACCUCGACAUGGAGUCGGUAAAUCUUAGCAUGGUAACUGAUUGGCCGUAUGUGGUGAAUAUGUUGCCUUCUUUGAGGGUCCUUAUUCUUGAUGAUUGCUCGCUAGCAAGUGCAAACCAAUCGCUCCCACACCUUAACCUUACAAACCUUGAGGAGCUCGAUCUCUCCUUCAAUAGCUUUCAACACCCAGUUGCAUCUUGUUGGUUUUGGAACCUAACAAGCCUAGUGUACCUCUCCGUCCACGAAACUGCGCUGUACGGACAACUCCCAAGUACGCUGGGAGACAUGGUAUCCCUUCAAGUACUAGACUUGUCAGAUAAUAGUAAUAACUUGAGCAUGACGACGACAAACUUGAAGAACCUAUGCAACUUGACUGUUCUAGAUCUUCAUGCAUCUCUUUCGUAUGGAAAUAUAACAGAGUUGAUUGAGAGGUUGCCGCAGUGUUCAUCAAACAAGUUGCAGGAGUUGCAUCUAUUCUCAAACUACCUGGUAGGGUUCCUACCAAGCAUCAUGGGGCACUUGACCAGUAUAGUCACUCUUGAUCUCGGUUGGAACAACAUUACUGGACCUGUCCCUGCAGCAUUUAUAGGGCAUUUUGCACAUUUGAGGACCCUUGACCUCUCUUUCAACCACCUCACUGGACAUGUGCCAUCUAAAAUAGGUCAUUUUGCACAUUUGAGGACCCUUGACCUCUCUUUCAACCACCUCACUGGACAUGUGCCAUCUGAAAUAGGUAUGCUAGCUAAUUUGACUGCAUUGGAUCUAAGCGGCAAUGACUUGGAUGGUUCGAUCACAGAAGAACACUUGGACGGUUUACGAAGCUUAGAGUACAUAGACUUAUCUAAGAAUCAAUUGAAGAUUGUGGUGGGUUCAAAAUGGCAACCCACAUUUAGACUACAAAAAGCAUAUUUUGCAUCGUGCCAGGUCGGUCCUCUAUUUCCUGCAUGGCUUAAAUGGCAAGUGGAUAUUCUUUGGCUUGAUAUCUCAAACACAGGUAUAAUAGAUCGGCUUCCAGAUUGGUUUUGUAAUACAUUUUCAAAGGCCAAAUCCUUGGAAAUCUCCAAUAAUCAAAUCAGUGAUGGCUUACCAACAAAUAUGAAUAUCAUGUCAUUGGAAGUACUACAUUUCAGUUCAAGCAACCUAACCGGUCAAAUACCUCCAUUGCCAAGAAACCUCAGCAUGUUGGAUAUCUCAAGAAAUUCUUUAUCAGGACCCUUGCCAUCAAAUUUUGGAGCGCCAAAGCUAGAUUCUAUUAUAUUGUAUUCUAAUUACAUCAGUGGUCAGAUACCAACAUCUCUCUGUGAAUUGAGCUUGGAGAUUUUGAAUUUGGCCAAUAAUCUUUUUGAAGGAGAACUUCCCCAAUGUUUAAAUAUGUCACAUAUGGUGUAUCUAUUAUUAAGUAACAAUAGCUUCUCUGGUAACUUCCCAUCAUUUCUACAAAGCUGCACGAGUCUGCGUUUUUUGGAUCUAUCAUGGAAUAGAUUCUCCGGAACAUUGCCAAUGUGGAUCGGGAGCUGUAGUUCAUUGCGGUUUUUACGACUGAAUCACAACAUGUUCUACGGGCAUAUUCCAAACACCAUCACAAGUCUUGCAAAUCUUUGUCAUCUGAAUCUUGCAGCCAAUCGGAUAUCAGGUGUCAUACCUCCGCAUAUAUCAAAUCUAACAUUUAUGACAAGAAUAUAUAUACUGGAUCCUUACGAGGACAUGCUCUCCGAGAUCCAAGUUGUAAUUGAUGACUUGUUAAUAGAGAUCAAGGGGCAACAACUCAAUUACCAGGGUGCGCCUGUUUUGGAGAUACUGAGCAUUGACCUCUCAUCCAACCAUUUAACGGGUAAAAUUCCAGACGGGAUAACAUCUCUUGAUGGAUUGGUAAAUCUGAACUUAUCUUGGAAUCAACUGAAUGGAGAAGUUCCUGACAAGAUUGGGACCAUGCAGUCGUUGGAGUCACUUGACCUCUCCAACAACAAUCUUUUUGGAGAAAUCCCAUCAAGCAUAUCAAAUUUGACAUUUUUAAGCAUUUUGGACUUGUCUUACAAUAAUCUAACAGGAAGAAUACCAUCAGGGCGUCAACUUGACACUCUCUACAUGGAGAACCCCUCUAUGUACGACGGAAACACGGGUCUAUGUGGGCGUCCUCUUCAAAGGAAUUGUGGAAGCAAUAAUACAUCUGAGCAUGGAGAUGAAAAGAGAGAUGAACAUCAUUCUGGGCCAAUGUUCUUUUACUUUGGACUUGGCAUCGGAUAUGUAGUUGGUCUAUGGGUGGUGUUUUGUGCCCUACUAUUCCUGAAAGCGUGGAGGAUUGCUUAUUUUCACCUAGUCGACAGGUUUUAUGAUAAAAUUUAUGUGUUUGUGGUUGUAACAUGGAAAAGCUUUACUAGAAAGGCAGACGUACGCUAAGUGGUAAAAAAGAACUAAUGGUGACGUAGCUUCCAUUGGAAUGAAGUUCUACGAAUACUUGGAAGGUGAACAGCUGAAGUGGCAUUUAGCAACAUCUAUAUUAUAUUGUGUAUCUUGUUUUGGGUGAAGUUGUAAUAAUGGAUGUUCGAGUAAAGCCCCUAAAGCACAUAUAUAUGCAAUGAUAUUUAUUUGUACUCGUCGGUCACAAUGAA